CGUCCGCCAAACCCUAGCCGGCAGCCGGAGUCGGCACCGGAGAUUCCCAGCCGCCGGGCGAGAUGGAUUUGGAUCUGUGGAUCGUCAAGGUCAAGGAGGGGCAGCACCUCGCCGAGCACGAGCUCCAGUCCCUCUGCGAAUACGUGAAGGAGAUCCUCAUCGAGGAGUCCAACGUGCAGCCGGUCAACAGCCCCGUGACGGUGUGCGGCGACAUCCACGGCCAGUUCCACGACCUGAUGAAGCUCUUCGCCACGGGAGGCCAUGUCCCCGAGACCAACUAUAUAUUUAUGGGUGACUUUGUGGAUCGUGGGUUCAACAGCCUUGAGGUCUUCACCAUUCUUUUGCUCCUAAAAGCCAGGUAUGCCAUUGAAUGUAUGCUUGACCUAGCUGAUGCAAUGAAGUUUGAGCAUGUUGGAGACUAA